GUCUGUCACUGUCACUGUCAGAUAGGCUAAAAAUUGAAAAGAUAGUGGCCGUGGCUGGUUUUGGCUAAUCAGUGACUCUGUCAACGUCAACGGAAUCAACAAAUUUAAUGUGCCGUGUUUAGUUUGUUUAAAUUGAGUUACUGAAGUCGUGUGAUUAUUAUUUCACAGUCGGCAAAUGUAUUGACUGCAGUGAAAGCAAGGGUUUUGCCAAUUUCCAACAGUGUAACUUUCAAAACAAGACGGUGACGAUGAUGUCUAACCAAGAAGUUCACUUUUUGGAAGACGCACCUCCCCAAGAUUUCACAGGAACAACUUUACAGCUUGGUGAAGAUAAAUCUGGAGCUGGACCAAGUUCACUUGGUCAUUCAAAUGGCUUAAAUAUAGAAAAUGACGCCUUUAAACACAAACGAGAUGUGGCCCUCGUGCCCUGGUCAGGAGAAGAUGCAAGGGACUUUUUCAGCCAUCGCAGUGAGCUCAUUGAGAAAGCCAUCAAGGAAUGUAUGUCUGAGGUUGUCACUGGAGAAGAUGGAGAUGUUUUAGGCUCUUGGCUGCUGACGGAGAUCAGUCUGUGGGAUCAUGAGAAGGAGCGUCUAGUGGUGUUGACUUCGAAGUGUGUUCUCACCAUCAAGUAUGACUUCAUUGCCAUGAGGACUCUGGAUGUCCGGAGAGUUCCCACGGAGCAGAUAGACACACUUGUCAUUGGAGAGUUGGAGUAUCCUGUCCACUCUCUCAUUCCCCGCAUCAACGGUCUGGUGACUGGAGUCUCCGGGAUUGUGAAGGGGUGUCUGGUCCGCCCUCUCCAAGAUCGCUUCACCCCCUCCCCCUCCCUCACUACAGACAUUAACGCUAAUCCUCUUGCUCUCACUAACUUUGAGCCUAGGUCAAGAAAUUUGAGAGGAGUGAGAACUAUGUGGAACCAGGGUCAACCCCUGACUUUCACUAAGAAGUGGAACCCCUUCACCAGUGAUAUCCCCUGGGUCACCUACACCUCCCACCCUCUGCUGUGGCACAAAGAAGCAGAUGAGAAAGAGCGGAGCAUUUUCAACGUGGAUGACUUUGCCUACCACCUCGUACACGCAGUGGAAAAGCCAAAUCGGCCGUGUUCCAUCGAACACAAGCCCAUCCUGCUGGACAACUACGUGGGUCUGGGUUCCCUCAUUCACAACAAGAAUGCUCUUGGCUUCUUUAAAGUCAGGGGGAAAUUCAGUUUCUAAACGGCUGCGAUUCACUUUUACUUGAUGUUACUACACGAAUCUGAAUUCCACCAUUCCCUUGGCCAGUAUUUCUACACCAUAUUAAAAUAUAAGGAUCUUGAGUCAAUUGCCAUUAUACUUCUUGAAUGUUUCAACUUAGCCUUAUAAUUGAGUAUAAGACUCCAAUAUCCGUUACCUCAUAUUGUUAUUGUUUUCUGUUAGCAUUUUUGUUAUUGUAUAGUAUUUUUAUACUCGUGUUUUGAUUUAUAGUUUAUAUUUCAGAGUAGUUUUAGAAUUGUUUUCAUGAGCAAUGCUUCUUAACUAGUCUAAAGAGAAGAUUUUGUAAGCAAGAAUUUAUUAUGGAAAUAUUAAAUCGAGAAGAUUUAAAAGUAUCAUCACUUAAUCAAUUUGUAGAAUUUUAGUUUGAUUUUCUGCACUAAAUCUAAGUUAUUACAACGUUAUAUGGUUGAUUUAUGUUAUACAGCAUAAUUGAUGAAAGCAUUUUGUAAUAACUCUAAUAAAAAUGAAUGUGUACGUAUAUUUAUUUGAUUUUAAACAAUAUUUUGACAAAUCUAAAGUAUAUAUUUUUAUACCAUAAAUAGAUUUAAGUCACUUAAACUUGCUCUUUACUCCUGCAGUUUAUUUCAAAAUAGACAACUAGUUUUGGCUUUGAGCUGGAAAAGUUAAUGUCAUAACAAUAUUUUAAACAUAAGCUAUAAAUAAACACGAUACAUAUCUUUAAUGCUGUCAAUCGUACUAGUCAUGACUAGUUUCGGUACUGCUAUCCCAUCAUCAAAUCUAUUAAAAAUUGUGCAUUCAAAGUUAAAAUUACCACACUAAACAAAUACAUACGCAUUGACACACUUGACACAUUAAAGAUUUGUGAAUUUAAGAAUGUGGCUGGCCAAAUACAAGAACAGACUACAGGAUUAUGAUCGUGGUGGAGCUACAUACAAGCCAAUGCCAGCUUGAUAACACUGACAUUGAAAGACAUAAUCAGCUGACUGUUGUCUGCUUGUCCAAUGCUACCAAAGCAUUCCGUUACAUCAUAUGACUAUUUGAACUGAAUUAUUUUUUCGUUUUAAUACAUCAUUUGGCAACGUGUUUAUGGUUUUGUAAUUCCUAAGGACAUUUAUGAUGGGGCCUUUUUACAUUUGUGCAGUACUCUUAGAUUAUUAUAGUAGCUGUUGGUGUAAUGGUUCGCAUUAACCAGCUGUUCUGCAAAGGUGUUGACCCUGUGUCAACAGUUUGGCUUGGAUAGGCUUUCAGUGAAUCGUUUGUGGAAAGAACAACCUGAUUGUAUGACGUAAAACUUCCAACAGUCUUAUCAUCUAACUUGUUGUUCUUUCUUAUAUUUUUGGUUUUUUUAUUCUAAAGUCAGUCCAAUUCAUUUCAGGUUUUAUGUGCCAAAGCGAUGUUAUUCUUAGUCAUCACUAGUUUAAAAAAAUUAGGAUUGACAACAUUAUAAGCGUAGCCUGUUUGUUUACAGUAAAGAAUCAAUCCAUUCGCAAAACAUGUAUAAAAUAUUUGAACACAAUAUUUUUAGAGCCAACUUCACUGCAUUCUUCUUCUCAUAAAAUUUUUAAUCUAAAUCUAAUUUAAACCUUGUAUCCCAUGUUGUCACCCAGAUUUCCAAGAGUAUGUCUACAUUAUUUGACAUAUCUAAAUUUACAUAAUAUAUGCCUACUUAUAAUAUUAAGCAAGUUUGUUUGAUUUAAGCAUAAACAACUUAUAAACAUUUUCUCAAACUGUCAAGAAUUGGAUUACACCUGUUUUUAUUACAUAAAGAGGACAAAAAAUUGUCUAUAGGCUGACACAACUAAACAUUAAAUUUUACAGGUAUGAGUUUUGAGAUGCUGUAUUUUAAAGCUAACACAUAUGAAAGAACUACUUUUUGUAUAUACUUUUUUUAUAAUAAUGUUCAUUGAAAA